UGAUUAACACCAAUGUCCAAUGAAUAUUUAUUAUGCUUAACUAUGAAAGACAGACGCCCGCACGCACACACGCACACACACACACACAAUGGUCAAAGACGCUGGAAAUCCAUUUGAGUCAGUCCUCUGAUUCUCCACCGGAUUAGGUGAAGCUCUGGCCGGGGCCAGCCUCCUGGGGGGGGGCAACAUGUCAGCAAGACGCCGCUCUACAAGACGCCAUUCUACCUCUAAUAACGGCAGACGAUGUCUGCUCGUUUACAGUGAGCAACCAGACCUUUUUACCAGCCCGUGCCGCUAGUCCUGAACACUAAUUGGACUUACGGUCUUUGAAACAAAUUGAGUCUUGAUAGGAACCUACUGGCCCUACCUUCCUCUGACUCCAACGAGCUACAGAUCACAGACACACAGCGGGAGAAUAAAGGAGCUGUGUCGGACGCUGAACCGUGGCCCAGAGAGACGGGUUGGGGAGGCAGAGGAAGGCUGCUCCGGAGCCUGAGCCGAGCCCCGAGCGUGGCACCAUGGACCCGGGCGUGUGCCUUCUGGAGCUGCUCGGGGUGCUCGUCUCCAUCGGUGCCUGGAUCUGCUCGCUGGCCACCACCGUCAUGUCCACCUGGCUGACCCUGUCCACCGAGCUGCUGCCCGCAGAGAGCUACGAGCUGGGCCUGUGGGAGACGUGCGUGGUGCAGGACCACGGGACCCUGGAGUGCAGACCCUACGACAGUCUCCUCGGCUUGCCGCCGGACAUCAAACUGGCCAGGAUCCUUAUGUGCGCGACGGUGGCCACGGGACUCCUGGGUCUGAUACUGGCAAUACCUGGGAUCUAUUGGGUCAACGUCUGUGACCAGGGACCCGAGGGUUUGAAGGUAAAGAGACUGAUGAAGUUGUUGGGGGGUGUGUUGUGCCUUGUUGCGGGGAUACUGGGGCUCAUACCUGUGUCGUACAUCGCUCACCUGACAGUCAUACGCUUCUUCGACGAGUCCGUGCCGUCCAUCGUGCCGCGUUGGGAGUUCGGGGAUGCCCUGUUCUGCGGCUGGACGGCGGGGUUUCUGCACCUGGUGGCCGGCUUUCUGCUGGUCACGUCCUGCAUGUGUCUGCGAGAAGAGCCGUGCGCCACGCAAAGGCCUAUACCUCUACAGAGACGGCACACACGCGUGCACACAGCCGCUGUGCCACACAAGAAGAUGUCCAUGGAGUAUGUCUGAUCGCUGCUGUUGGCAGCAGGCUGCGUGUUUCAGACUCUCCCAUCUCUCUGUCGAAGGUGAAUGAGACGCUGCCGACCUAAAGCUUCUGCAUGUUUAAUUUAAAAAUAACUACAGGUCUUGAGUACUCUUGCGGCGGACAAUAAUGACAAUUAUCCUUUGUUUUAUCCAUGUUUAAAAAUCUACAUUUGUUCACAGUGCUGUUGAAUGUUUCAAUCACUCAGACAAACACUUAGGGAUGCAUGGAGUUAGAAGGACUGCAAAGUUAUCAUUUAUGUACAUUUAUCAAAACAGAGAUUGUGAAUUCAUGGAACCAAAGAGACUCCUUUUUAAAGAUCAUAUUUCUUCCUAACUUGUCGCUGUGUCUGCUGGAGGUUCUGAUUAGGAGAUUGUGUUCAAUAGAGGAUAUGCAUGUUGCAAACUGCAAAGUUAAUUUAAUAUGUAACUUCAUAACAUUAUUUUAGCCACACAGUUACAGAAUCCACAAUGUGUUCCAGGAAUAACUAUUCAAACAUAUUGUAAAUGGAACAAAGAGAAAAUAAAUAACCUUAUAGAAUGAUAAUAAUUCAUGAGAGGAAAGGAACACAAGUUUCUUUAGAAUGUGUAUUUACUGUAAAUCGUGGAAUAUAACGACUUAGCUUGCUCGCAAAAACUUGACAAGACAAUGACUUAAUAGAUAUUUGAGGAUCUGAUUGUAUAUUUGUUACAUUUCUGCUGAAAUAUCCACUCUACAUUCUCUCUAGUUAGAGGCAAAUACUAGUGAUUUAUCACACACACCAGUCUUCAAUGUACUGCAUAUAAGUGUACUGACUCUGAACUGAUCAGUGAUUGUAGUGCCACAAAGCUACAUGUGUAAAAUCUGUUAUAUCCACACUGUGGAGAAAUCUGUAAAUAAAAAGGUUGACAAUGUUAAAUAAAAAGAGAA